AAAUAAAAAAAAGAAAUCCAUGAAGAUGGAUGAGGAGAUCUCUCACUUUAGUCACCCACAACACAUUCUGAAGCUCCAAUACACAGAAAUCCCCUUCAACUGUGAUGGGUGCAAGGAAGCCGGCAUUGGCCUCAAAUACAUAUGCGAGCAAUGCCAAUUUGAGUUACACAAGGUAUGUGCCAUUGCACGUCCGGUCAUUACUCAGCCCUUCUACAAGAAAUGUGAAUUCAAGUUCUAUAACCGGCCGCCGGGGAUGAGGAUAUGCGACGCUUGCCGGAACGACGUGCUUGGAUUUGUGUACCACUGCAGCAGUUGUGGUUUUGAUCUCCAUCCAUGCUGUGCAAAUCUCCCAAGGGUCUUAGAUGAUGGUGAACACAACUUAUAUCUGUGUCUCAAACUCUCCAGUUCUUGUCAUCAUUGUGGUGGUAAAGGUCCUGGUUGGUCAUAUAGGUCUGAAUGCAGGAACUAUAACCUUCAUGUGUCCUGUGUUAAGGAGUUAUGGGUUGAGAGUUGGCAGGCUAUGUAUCUGAAUGUGGAUAAUAAUAAAGUGAGGGAGUUGCAGACCAGAAUCCCAAGUCUUGAGGGUAACUUGCAGAGCCAUCACAGAGGGAAAGGUGGGAAGUUGAAGAAAUGUUGCAAGAUUGCUGCUGGUGCUGUUACUGUUAUAGUUUCAGCACUUCUUGGAGAUCCAACGGCUAUAAUAGCUGCUGCCAUUGGAGCUUGCAUAUCCAAGUGAAGAACCAAAAAACAGAAAGAAAAGGAAG